AUGGACAACUGCGUAAACUCCGUAGACAGUGCAUCUGAAUUAGAAGAAUGUAUCUCAAAGUCAAUUGAAGUUAUGGCUGAAGCUAAGAUGGAUUUGAGAUUAUGGCAGUUCGGUCCGGUAGAAGAAAUAGAAAAGUUGUCAACUGAGGACAGAAGUUUGUUUAAAGAAGAUCUUACAACUCCAGUUUCGGUUUUGGGGAUUAGAUGGGAUAGAAAGGAGGAUUGUUUAAUAAUCUGCGAUGAAUUUGACGCUGAAACAGAAAAUCCUACUAAACGGAAGCUCUUGUCUAUAACACAAGAUAUUUACGAUCCCAUCGCUUUUCUCAUCCCAGCAUUGUUGCCAGCCAAGCUAAUGAUUCAGGAGGCCUGGUCAGCUAAGUCAGAAUGGGAUUCCUCGCUUCCAGAGAAGAUCCAAAAGGACUUUCAGAAAUGGUAUAGUGAAUUGAAACAAUUAUCUAACUUGAAGGAGCAAAAUCUCGAGUUGAGCCAAAAAAGACUGACAAUCCCGCGUCUAGAACUUCUUGCUUGUGUUUUGGGAGCCAGAUUAGCAAACUAUAUUCGUGAGGCUCUGGAUGUCCCUACAAUACCAGUUUAUUACUGGACGGACUCUUCAACGGUUAUAGCAUGGAUACGAAGAAAUUACCAAUGGGGUACUUUUGUGGGUAACAGAAUCAGAGAAAUAUGCAAACUCAUAGAAUCAUACCAAUGGUAUCUUGUCCCAGGUAAUCUAAAUCCGGCGGACCUGCCCUCUCGUGGUUGUAGUCCAAGACAUCUUAUCGAGACGAGAUGGUGGAAGGGAGCAAAAUGGUUAAAAGACGAAGAAAAUAAUUGGCCCAAAUCGGAACAGGUUCCUAAUGAAGAUUUAGUUAUGUCAGAAAGAAAGAAAACUGCAAUAUCAUUAUUUACCUGUGCAAAAAUAGAUCAAUUCAUGAAUUAUGAGAGAAUUUCGAAAUUUUGCAGAUUUGUAAAUAUUGUUUGUUGGAUAAAAAGGUUCAUAUACAAAUGUAGAAAUAGAAAUUAUUUUUACCCAUCUGAGCUCUCGAUCAAAGAAAAGAAAGAGGCAGAGAAGUUCCUUUGGUCAAUUCAGUUAGAAAAUUUUGGUGAUGUCUCAGGUCCAAAGGUCAAAGGUCUUGCUGUUGUGAAAGAUCAAAAUAACAUAAUACGAGUGAAAACCAAGUUGUUAGAACGUGAUGACGAAUUUUCGUUCAAAUAUCCAAUUUUGUUGCCAUCAAAACAUCAUGUAGUAAAUUGUUUAAUACCAGAUUGCCAUUUAAAGAACUGCCAUGCUGGUCUCCAGACUGUUGGUUCCAUCCUGCGAGAAAAUUAUUGGAUUAUUUCCGCUAAACGGCUCAUUCGCAGUGUAAAAAAUCUUCUUCUAAGAACACUUGGUAGAUCAUCACUCAAUUUUGAAGACCUUUCAACGAUAUUAUGUGAAGUUGAAGCUGUAAUGAAUGAUCGACCUCUUACAUAUAUUUCAGAAGAAUCUGAUAAAUUUAUUCCUUUGACACCAUUAUCUUUUAUUGAAGACAUCCAAGUAAUUGGGAUACCUGAUCUAGAGAAAAUUAAUUUCCAGAAACUUCAAAAAAGAUACCGGAAAUGCCAAAAUAUAAAAGAUCAAUUGAGAAAUAGAUUUCGAGAAGAAUAUUUGGCAAAUCUCGUUCAAAAAUCAAGAGAAAAGGCUCAAGUGAUCCAGACGGGUGAUGUAGUACUAAUUGAACUAGACAACCGAAAGAGACUUAACUGGCCAAUAGGCAAAGUCACAAAAUUGUUUCCAAGUAGAGAUGGUUCUACACGUGUGGCAGAGGAAUAG